AGCAUAGGCUUCAUUUAGACGGGCUAUUCCCUGGUGGUGAUCACAGACAAAGGACAGGUAGGCCUAGGUCUAUACCAAAGCCACGGACCAGGACCAAAUCUGCCAACCCUCCAUGCUGGCCGGUAACCCUGUCACCCAAGAAUUAUGUCAGAGGGGAUGAAAAUCUUCCUCGGCAAGUUAAAUUUAUCAGAGAUUUACACAGAACACUUUGAGCAAAAUGGAUACGAUCGGGUACAGGACAUAUGUCAACUGGAAAUGGAAGAUCUGGACAUCAUCAAAAUAUUUGAUGAAGAUAUCAGAAGAAGAAUAGUAGAAGGAGCGGCAGACUUCAAAACCACCCAAGAAUUUAAGUUACUGAAAUGGCUGGAAGACAGUGGGUUGGGUCGUUAUGGAAUAAAUUUCAUUCACAAUGAUUUCCUGGACUUAGAGGUCAUUGGGCGCUUGGAGGUGGAGAGAGACCUGUAUGAUGAUUUGGAAAUCGUUCUCCCAGGGCACAGAAAGAGACUUCAAACUGCAGUCACGCAGCUGCGGAAGCGUCGCCGACUUUCGUCGGAGAUUGAGGACCCAGCUGCCAUGGGUUACUGGCGGAGACCCAAGAAGCUCCAGGACUCAAAAAAUCCUUUCCUAUGCAUUGACGCAACAAUCAAAUCAACGAAGCCACACGGAAAGUCAAUGCAAUGCGAGUUCAUGGUAGAUUCGGGAAGCGAUGUCGCCACCAUAACCGAGGCAGACCUGGAUCAGCUGGACUUAGAACUGUUGGGAACCAUCAAAAGUCGAGGGGUGCACUCAACAAAAGAUAAACAACUUUACAGAGCGAAGCUGCUGGUGGGGAAGGAAGAGAUCGAAACGGAGGUCAUCCCAGAAAGCUACGAAUCUAUUGGUAACCACGCCCUACGACAGUUUAGACAUUACAUCAACGGACACACGCACUACUGGCUGAAGGGAGCUGCUGGGAGACGGCCGUCCGCUGAUCAAAGUUAUCAGCCGAGAACGCCAGAGACAACGGUCACAACUCCUUGGAAGAGUUCUCAAACACCAGGAGGAUCUGGUGAAGCUGCACAAGGGACGUCAGGGGAGAAGACACCCUCCCCUGAACGUGUAACCCACCACAAGCCUGCUGUUGCUGCAGUGAAAAAGGCGUUGUUUCGUCCAGCUUCGCCGGGAACAUCUGGGGAGAUUCCUCAGUCAGAAGCGAGAGCCUCCAAGCGGACCCGCCAACUAGAAGAGAUAGUGUCGCCUGAGGACGUUCCUUUACCUGAGAAAAUGCCUAAGUUGCUCCCAAAGGAAUCGAAAACAGAGAAAGACGAGAGAGGACCGGAUAGCACUCAACCGGAUAUUUCCUGACAGGAUUACAUAGAUGACUCACAAUAGGUAUCUAAACACCUCAACGAAAGUAAGUUCCCCCCCCCCCCCAUAUGAUUGGUCAUACUUUCUAAAGUAUCCUCAGCAACGCUAUGAAAAUUUCAGGAUCUUUAGUGUAUGGUCUCAGACUUAAUUGGUGAAAAGGAUAGUGUCAUACUUGUUGCUACGCUUGAAUGAACCUCUAAAAAAGGGGCUAGUUCUUAAAAUAAGAAAGACUUGUCACUUUUAAUUAAAUUUUUUCCUGGCAAAUACAGACAAAUUUCGGUUGCAUUUCAAGCCAAUUGGACCACCUUAAGCAGGCAGUAUAUGGUGGAGUGACUGACUUGACUUAGCUGGAAGAUCUGACAGUCUGUUUUCCGCAGGGGGACUGGAAAGCCAUUCCACUGCUAUGGCCGUCGCCUAAUCCACAGCAUGCCAAACAGGUGACGGGAAAUCAUCAUAAGAAAUGGAGCAUGCACAAAAUGCCAAAAAGAUGUUUGAGAGUGGCCAAUAUUUUUCUGAAUUUGCCGAGAAUAGCCUGAUGUUUGUUAGAGAUAA